AUGGCGCCACACCACCCAGCACAUGCAAGCCAAACGACACGCCUACCACCUAAGCGCUUCUUAACCCACAUCCUCCUUUCCGCCAUAGCAAUCAGCAUCCCACACCUCCUGUACCGCCUCCUUAUCCGCAUCCUCCUCUCCUACUUCCCACGAACCCAGCUCUCCACCAUCCAACUCAUCAUCUUCCUCUUAACCUUCAACCUCACAAACAUCCUCGGUCUCGCCUUCCGCCUCCUGUUCCUCGGCCAGGGCACUCGAAACCAGCUACGCAGCGAAUCCUACGGCUCCAUCGUCUCGUCUGUCGUCGCUGCGCUACAUGGCGUUAUUUUGCUGCUUGGCCGGUAUGUGAAUGGUGGGUUUACGGCAAGACAGAGCGCUGCGGUGCAUUUUUGUGCCGUAUUUUGGGUGCUUGAGGAGUGUGAGGGGUUUUGGGCGUACGGGCAGUGGCGAUACGUGAGGCGUGCGGAUGAGGGGCUGCGGUUUGAGUAUUUGCGCGAGCCGGUGGCGUAUCGGGCGGGUGCGGCGGAUUUCUGGUGGUAUGGGGGGUUGGGCAAGGAGUGCUUGGUGGGGUUUGCGGAGUGCGUGGUAUUUCAGGUGGUUUGCGGGGUUGCGGCGUGUGGGAUCAAGAGUGUGGUUAAUCCGGAUCCAGAAUGUGGACUUCUUUGUAGUAUGGUGGGUGGAAUGGUGCUGUUUGGCGGGUAUCCAGCUUCGGUGUGGGAAGCAGUUUUGGGACUGGCGCUGUUGAGGGUUGUGAGGCAGGCUAAUUAUGCGGUGGGGAAUGGUGAGAUGUGA